AUGGCGGAAUGUAAGGAAAUCGAAGUCUACAUGCCACCAGAUUUAAAAGAACGUUUAGAAGACGAAAAAGAUACGCUUGAAGGAUAUUUUAACCGGCCAGGGCAAUACCCAAUCUUGAAUAAAAACAAUGAGCCAUGUUUUGAGCACGAAGUGAGAUUAAAUGGAGACAGAAUUUAUAAGCUUCGUGUUUAUGUGAAUAACGAGUAUCCUGAUGAGUUACCAGACCUGGUCGUGUGUGAAUCACCGGAGCCGAUGCCUAAGUGGGGUGAGCAGGGUGGAAGCCAUCCUACUCAUACUUGGCCACCUAAAUAUGGAUUUCUACAUAUCUGUCACUGGCAUUGGGCAGCUUGGACAAGAGAUAACAUGAUUUAUCAGGUAGGUUUAAUGAAAGAAUAAUUAAGUUAAUUGAAUUUAAGUCGCCGAAGCAAAAGUCUCAGAGAUUGCUGUAUCUAUCGCGUUGCCCAAAAAGAUGUUAAGUCCAUGAAGUUUACGAAAAUUCAAUUUUAGUUCAAAAUUUCAAAAUCAACAGUACUCAGUAAUAUCUUCUCACUAGUUACUUAAAAAUCUUGACACCGGAAUGUCUGUCGGAAAACAACGAGGACCCACUUCUGCCCACUUUGUGUUAAUGUGCGAGAUAUGAGAGUACUUGUGGAGUCAAUGGAGUGUUGAAAUUUAUUUCUGAAUGUUCCAACUGGGGACUGAACCAAGUCCAAGGUACAAGCGCUCUGAUCAAUGAGUUAUUGAAAUGUCCGUUUCAGAGACACUCACAUGUAUACAUUAAACGAGGGAUAUCCAAUCCACAUAUAUGGUGACUUCGUACAGAUGUUAUUGUUAUGUAUAGACGAUGAAAACUGAUCCAGUUAUGAAUUAUAUACUGGACUCAGACAGUGUAUGUAUAGAAAUAGGAACUACCGGAGUCCAAAUGGAAUCGAAUUUCGUGCUAAAAUUGAAUUUCUGAAUCCCCCAACAACAACGAUUAUAUAUUUUUCAUAUAUUUUUAUAGGUAUUCAACAAAGGAGAAGAGUGGCUUGAAGCCUACGAGAAAUAUUUGGUAACAAAGGAACUGCCACUGGACUUAGAGCAGAUGGAGCUUACUGAAGAAGAAAAAGUGAAAGUAAAAAUAGUAGAGCAACGACAGUUUGUACAAUUCCAACAACACGCGGCUCUUGCAAUGUGUCAGUUACAUCCUAACUUCCUGAACGAACUACAUCGCUGGCACAUGCAUGCAAUAAUUGGGGAGAUUUUAUCACAACGUAAUUUGCCUAUACAAGUUCCAAUAAGGAUCGAUGAAGUAAGAAAUACGCAAAGGCGACUUCUAGAAUCUGCUAUAGAAAGAGUAAGUGGAGAUCCUAACGGGAUUAUGUUAGCUGAGUUGUUUAGGUUGCAAUGUGCAAUCACUGAAUGCAGUUUGGCCAACCCUGGGCGUGAUAUUAAUUUUUCUUGCACACAGACUGAUGAUGGACGAUUUCACGUCAGCUUAACUCCUACAGGACCUCCUAGCUUACAAAACAGCUAA